UGGGAUUAGUUCCUUCUGUUCAUGAUCAUCUGUUAACGCCCAACGGAUUCUCUCUCUUCUCAACUUGUUUUCUUUCUUAUCGAGGAGAACGAAGCAGCAGGGAGAGAACCUACGAAAUACGAAGAGACGUUCGAACGAUUGUGACCAUACGAUCCAAAGCAUAUAUUAUCCUUCGGUUACAAUCUAACGGCUCUGUUUUUAUGACUCUCUUUACCAUCGCUGUUAUGGGGCCAUCUGUGGGAAUAUAGAAUAAAGUAACUCCCAAGUGCUAGUUGGAAAUCAGAUUAUCUUGGUUCGAGUGAAGAGAUCAUGGUUUUGCUUUUAUAGAUAUAAAUAGAGAGGUGGUUGAGAUCUAUCCAGAUGCAGUCACAUACUGGAAAUGCUUCCCUUACGGUGAAAAAGGAACCAAAUGACUACACUGGUUCAAGUUUUGCUGGUCAUCAAGAUAGCAAUAUUCAGGAGCCUAUAGAAGUUUCUUCAUCGUCUGGGGAAAACGACUCUCAUGAAACAGAGGAUACAGAUGAGCAGUCUCUUGAAAAUUCCUCAAAGCAGUUGGUACUUUAUGAUCCUGCUGCUAAUGGUACUGGUGAAAUAGAACCUCUGCCUAAACCAAUCCGGUUCCGGCCUCCUCGGUUUGGAAGACGCUCAGGUUUUAAAAUGCCUUCUAGAGUUUUGCCAUCUGUAGGGGCAUUUACUGUCCAGUGUGCCAACUGUUUUAAAUGGAGGCUCAUUCCAUCAAAGGAAAAGUAUGAAGAAAUACGUGAACAUAUUCUAGAGCAGCCUUUUUAUUGUGAAACAGCUCGUGAAUGGCGGCCUGAUAUAUCAUGUGAUGAUCCACCUGAUAUUUCUCAAGAUGGAAGCCGGCUAUGGGCAAUUGAUAAACCUAAUAUUGCUCAGCCCCCUCGUGGCUGGCAACGACUGUUACGAAUUAGAGGUGAAGGAAGUACCAAAUUUGCAGACGUGUACUAUGAAUCACCAUCAGGCAAGAGACUUCGCUCCAUGGUAGAGGUCCAAAAGUACUUGAUGGAACAUCCCGAGUAUUUGCAAGAUGGUGUAACUCUUUCACAAUUUUCAUUUCAAAUCCCAAAACCUUUGCAGGAAAACUAUGUGAGAAAGCGCCCUCGUCUAGCAUCUUCAUGUGAUGAUACUAGACCUCUUGAGCCUAGUGAAGUGAAUCCCCUUGCAUGGAUGGGUCCGAAUGAUUGUACAGAUUUGCAGCUUGGUAGGCCAGCACUUCCGCCUCCGUCAUCCUUUCAGGCCUCUCUUUCUGAUCCAUUUGAUCGAUCAGUAAAGAAACAAGCAUGGAGAACACCUUCGUAACAUAUGUACAGCAAGAAUAUUAUUACGCAAUAUCCUUUUUGGCAACUGCAUUUUGUAUUUUGCUCUCCGCUUUUGCUCCAUUGGAUUUUUUUUUUAUUUUUUAUCAAAGGCUCUCUGUUCCUUACCAGCCUUUGCAUAUUAAAGAGGGGAAAUGGUGGGAAGGAAAGAAUGCAAUGGAUAUAUGUUUAACAAUUGCAAAAUGUGAAAAAACAAAACCUAUAUCUGAGAAAAUCCAAUUUUAUUAAUUCAUUUCGGACAGAGAAAA